CCCCUCCAUUUGCUAUUCCCUUUUGUUGGCACAUCUGUCUGCCCUAAUCGUGCUAUGUUAUUACUCACCAAGGAGGGAUGAGAACACCACUCUCUCUUCACGCCCAUUUGUCGCGCUCUCGCCCACGGCCAUGAGGAGCGACCGCAUCGCCGGCCUCGUUAAAUGUUCCCCCGCGCCCCGCCGUACCAUAUCGUUGUGAGCCGUCACCAGCGCCACCUUCUAUUCCCCCUCCUCUCCCCCCGCCGCUGCCCCUUCUCGGGCGCCUCCGGCUCCGGCCCCGACCCUACCGACCUGUGGAUCGCCAAACUCGUCUCCACCGUUUUCCACCUCUCCCCUUCCCCUGCCAUUGCCGCCGACCGGAUCGCCCCCAUCCGCCACCUCCUCUCCCCUUCAGUCGCCCUUGCUGCCCUCCGCCGCCACGCUGACCCCCUGUCCGCCCUUGCAUUCUUCGAGCUUAGCUGCUCCGCUUUUGGGAUCACCCACUCUGCUGCCGCUUUUAGAUUCGUGAUCCGCUCUCUGUGCCAAUCGGGUUUCCAUGAUGACGCACUGAAGGUGUUUGAUCAAAUGGCUAACGAGGGGCAUGGUAUAGAGGAGUCUUUCCUCGAGUUCUUGGCCGUUUCUUGUAUUGAGUCCGGUAAAUUGGACCUAGCGGUGGGAUUGCUUGGUAGAGCUUCUGAAUUCAGCUGCCGGUAUCAAUCUUACACUUUAAAUAAGCUACUGAGUCUUUUAGUUGGAAGAAACCUAGUGAACGAUGCUGUCCUUUUUCUAAGGCAGCAUUUACAUUCAGAGUUUUUGACUCCUGAUACUUGUAGCUUCAACAUAGUCAUAAAGGGACUUUGUAGAUUGGGUGACAUAGAUGCAGCAUUCAAUUUUUCUGAUCAAAUGAGGAGCUUUGGGUGCUCGCCUGAUAUGGUGACACACAACACUCUUAUUGAUGGGCUUUGUCGAGCCAAGCAGCUUGAUAGAGCACAGGAGCUUUUACAGAGAAUUCAGUUAGAUGGUUCGAGCUUGCCAAAUGUGGUGACAUACACAUCUGUCAUCUCUGGUUAUUGCAAAAUGGGCAAGAUGGAAGAGGCAUUGGGGGUCUUCAGUGAGAUGACUGGUGCUGGGAUAAGACCCAGCAGGGUAACAUACAAUGUUCUUAUCGAUGGAUAUGGUAAGGUAGGUGACAUGCUGUCAGCUGUUUCAGUGUAUGAGAGAAUGUUGGCUUCUGGCUGUCCUCCUGAUGUCGUUACUUUUACUUCAUUGAUUGAUGGGUAUUGCCGAAGUGGAUGGCUGGAUGAUGCAAUGAAGCUCUGGAACGAGAUGAGUCAGAGAGAAUUAAAGCCCAAUGCAUACACCUAUGCUGUUGCUAUAAAUUCAUUUUGCAGGAUGAAUAGGUUAAAUGAGGCAAGGAAACUUCUGAAGGAACUGAAAGGGAGGAGAGAUGUUAUGCCACAUGCCUUCAUUUACAAUCCUGUUAUUGAUGGGCUGUGUAAGUGUGGUCGUGUGGAUGAGGCUAAUGUGGUUGUCUUAGAAAUGGAGGAAAGGAGGUGUAAACCUGACAAGUUUACUUACACUAUACUUAUAAUUGGGCACUGCAUGAAGGGGAGGAUGGCGGAAGCCAUAGCCCUUUUCCAGAAGAUGGUCUCUUCUGGCUGUACUCCAGAUAGCAUAACAGUUAAUUCUUUAGUAUCAUUUCUUCUGAAGGCUGGGAUGCCCAAUGAGAUCAACAAGAUAAUGCUUACUGCAUCUGAAAGGUACAUAGGAUUGGACAAACCAUGUCAAGAGAUUCCUUCAUCGCUUGGAAAAAGCAUGGGUAUUUCAGUGGCUAUGUAAGCAAAGUGUGUUUCCAAGCUGAACUGCUGAAAGAUAAUAAUUACAGGAGUUUGGGAGGUUUUCGUAUCCCACAUUUAACCAAGCCAUCCAACUAGGCUGAAAAUGCAUGGUAGUCAUGGAAACAUUGCUAUCGUCACAAGACUUCAUUUUGGGCCUGUCUCUAUGCAAUAUCAAGAACUGAACAUUUUGGUAAAGGAAAAAUAAGUGGAUUGAGACAUUCUGCUUUGUUUUUAAGUGGAUUGAGGCAUUCUGCUUUGUUUUCUUUCUCUCUUUAAAAGCAUUCUGUCAGCACACGGCAUCAUGUUGUCUGUCACCCGUUCACAUAAUUGAGUUUCCAUGCGAAAAAAUUGACAGUUAAUGUGGAGACAAAAGAUCUGUCUAGAGCAGAGAAAUGUGAAUCAUUGUCAACCCAGCAUGUUUAAGAUCUUAUAGAGUUAACUGCCAUUAUGUCUUGAAUAAGAUGAUGAUACAUUGGAUGAAAAAUGUUUCACUAAGAACUUUUCUGUACAAAAAGCCUGUGACCACAAACAAAGCUUCGAAUUUGGAGUAAGAUUUACAGGGAGCUUUUGUUAAGGAACUGAGGAAUUCACAUUGGAAUUACAGAAAGUUUUUGGGAUUUGUUUUACCUCAAUGGAGCUACUAAUAUCUCUUUUUUCUCCUUAUUUUAUGGUUUUCUGAGGAAGCCAAUUCUGACUCUAUAUUGAGAAACUUCCAAGACAAUAUCUGGUACUAGGUUGAGGAACUUUUGAAAAGAUUCUUAGUCAUUAACUCCCUGUCUAGCAUCAUGGCUUGUGGACUUGGGUCUGUAAACCUUUUGUAACAACAAUAAUCUUUGCUCCCAGACUCUGAUGCUAAAUUUGUUGCCCGAAGUUUUGUUUUGAUCCGUAUGUGUACAUCAGAAAUUUUUUUUCCUUUAAGAGUCUGAAUCAAUCAAAGGAAUCUUGCCUGUUCCUGA